AUGCAUAAUAUUUACGUUCAUUUCCCAAGCAGUUUUACAAUAGAACUAUCAGUACCGAUCUUUUCGACUGUGAAAUUGCUGAAAGAGAAAUGUUCAGAAUUAAUCCGCAUGGAUAUUUCAUCAUUUGACUUAUAUUACUCAAAAAACAAAUCGAUUGAACCAGUAAAACUCAAAGAAACGAAACACAUAGUUAAACUAACUUGUGCCGAUGUAUAUUUUAGGUAUAAUUCCCCACUACAAAAAUUAUUGAAUACAUAUGAGUUCACAAUUCAAAAUAUAUAUAAGGCAAACUUUCAAUUAGAAAUAUUAUCACGAUAUACAGACAAAGAAACUGCUCAAAAAGUAUUAGCAGCUUCAUCUUACAGAUUAAUCAUUGCUUUUGACAUAUUGCAUUACAAUAUACUUUCUGAGAUCAAUGAAAAACCGAAUGCAGUUGAAAAUUCUUAUCAAGAUCUAGAAAAUUUUGAUGAUCAAAUUCAUCCGAUCCAUAACUCAUUUUCGCAGCCAUUAUAUGAAAAUCGCGACGUAUUACCUACUUCUGAAACACAAAUUAACAACUUCAUUCAGAAUUACGAAGAAAAAUAUCAAAAUAAUGAAUUUGACGAUCAACAAGACUACGCAAUGCCAUUAGAUAAUUCUGAUCGUUAUGAUGGUGAUAUAUUCGAUAAUAAAUUACUAGAAAAUGAGGAAAAAUCAGAAAAUCAAAAUCAAAAGAUUGAAUCAAAUGAAAAAGGAAAUAAAAAUAAAGAAGAGAAUCUUUUGAACACAGAAGAACACAUUUCUAAUGAUGAAAUUGAUGAUUUUCAACAAUGCGUUGAAAUUAAAUCAAAUUCAGUUGAAAACAGUAAAAAAGAAGAAGAAAAUCUUAUUAUAUCUAAUGACAGAGAUGAAGAAGAAAACAUUGGCAAUAAACAUCAAGAAGAAUCAAAUCAAAAUGAAAAUAAAUCAGAACAAGAUAAAAAUACAGAAAUAAACAAAGAAAAAGAAAUAGAACAAGAUAAUGAAAAAGAAGAACAUCAUGAAAAUAUUAAUGAAGAGAAAGAAAUAAUUCAUCAACAAGAGAAAGAAGAAACAGAACAAAUAGAACAAGAUAAUGAAAAUGAAAAAGAACAUCAUGAAAGUAUUAAAAAUGAAGGAGAAAUAGAAGACAUUAAAUAUGAAGAAAAAGAAGAAGUUCAUCAACAAGAAAAAGAAGAAACUAUUAAUCAAAAAGAAGAAUUAGAAAAAAUUAAACCUGAAGAUGAAAUUCAUCAAAAAGAAAAUGAUGAAAUGAUUUAUAAACAAGAACAAGAAAUUCAUGAACAAACUGAAGAAGUUAAACAAGAAAAAGAAGUUCAUGCAGAAGAAACAGAACAAAUAGAAUUAAAUCAAGAUGAAAAUACAGAAAACAAACAGAAACCAGAACAAGAAGAAAUAAAUGAAAGAGAAAAAGAAGAGCUCCAACAGAAAGAAGAAUUAAAUGAACAAGAAGAUGAACAUAGUAGAGAUGACAAAGAACAAGAAGUAAAAUAUGAAGAACAAAAUGAAAUUGAAGAAAAUCAACAACAAGAAGAAAUUGAAAAUAUUCAACAAGAAACUGAAGAAAUCAAACAAGAAGAAGUAAAUAACGAAGAAUAUCAAGAACAGAAACAAGAAGAAACAGAAGAAAAAACAGAUCAAAAUCAACAAGAAAAUGAAAAUUCAUACAAUGAAAUUGAACAAGAAAAAAUUAAACAGAAUGAAGAAGAAAUUUCCAUCAAAGAAGAAAACCAAAUUCAACAAAUAGAAACAGAACAAGAAAAUACCAACAAUGAACAAGAUGAAGAAAAUGAAACUGAACAAAUUCAACAACAAGAAACAACAGAACAAAUUAAUGAUGCAGAAGAAAAUGCAAAUAUACAAGGACAAGAAAACAAUGAUCAACAAGAAAUAGAAAUAAUUCAAAUAGAAGAUGAAGAACAGAAACAAGAGGAUGAAGAAAUCCCUCAAGAAAAUGAAAUUCAUCAAGAAGAAAAUGAAAUUCAUCAAGAGGAAAAUGAAAUUCAUCAAGAAGAAAAUGAAAUUCAUCAAGAGGAAAAUGAAAUUCAUCAAGAGGAAAAUGAAAUUCAUCAAGAGGAAAAUGAAAUUCAUCAAGAAGAAAAUGAAAUUCAUCAAGAGGAAAAUGAAAUUCAUCAAGAGGAAAAUGAAAAUGAAAAUUUACUUGUAAGUAAUUCUCAACAGAAUAUAUUAAAUGAAGGAGAAAAUGAUCAUGAAAAUGAAAUCAAAGAAGAAAAUGAAGCAGAACCAAUCAACCAGGAUAUAAGUAACUCUGAAACAGCUUCGGAUUCAGAUAUAAUCCCUGUUUCUGAAUCUAGACAAUAA